CUGCAAAGCGAUAAAACUUGGCAGAGAAGGAGGCUUCCUGGCCAGGCAGCUGCUCAAGGUAAGAUGAGAUGACUUCUUUGCUUGUUUAAGGCAGUGUGGGAAUUCUAGGGUGCCUGGCCUGGUCAGAUGCAGAAGAGAAUAAGAUCCUUGCACUUUUUAGCAGUUGGAUUCCAAAGGGGGGAUUUCAACAGGUAUAUGUUUGCUGUAGUAAUCCCCCCCCCCCGUUUUCCCCCGCAUCUUGUCACCCUAACAGUGCACGUUCCUGGUUUGGGGCUCUCUGAAGUAUCUGAUUCUACACACCUUGCUGGAAAAGGUUUUUUUUCCUUUUUCAACAAUCCAGAAGGAAAUAAAUUGAGCUAGAAUGCAACUGCGCAACUCCUAAGGAUGCGCAUAGUUAGGCAGUCAUUCAGUGGGACACAUGAGUUAAGAUGCGCCAGGGCAGGCUCAGGCUGCAACCCUAUAUGCCCACUUACUUGGCAGUAGAGAUUGUGGUGAAAUUCAAUAUGCUUUGCACUUUUUCGAAACAAGGGGCGAAGCAAAACGUAGCUGUCCUUCAAGAGCUGCCCUUCUCUGAAUUUUGCAAUGCAGCGUUUACCCAAUGCAUGUGCUAGGGCAAGGUCUGCCUAAUCAGGCAUUGAUUAAUGAAAAUAGCAUGCAAUAAUGCAUUGCAUAUGGGGAAAUUGCUUUGUGAAAAAGUGUACUAUAAGGGAAGCAGCCAGCAAAAAAAUGUGCAUGCAGAAAUCUGAACAGAAGCGCUAAUGAAUUUUCAUGAGAACUUUUUUUUAAAAAAUUAUGAAUUGCCAUGAAAAUGUGGAGAACUGGAUGCAAGGUUGGAAAAAUGAGAAACCAGAACUGAAAGAUUCACACAUCCUUACCUAGGAGUAAGGCCCAUUAAAUUCAAUUGGUUGCAAACUUUACUCAGAGCACUCGUUGAAUUGAAUGAACAUAAUGAAGUUAGCUCCACUCAUUUCAAUGCGUCUACUCUGCGUAAAACUCAAGGAUAUGCAUAUAGGCUUGCACUGUAAACCAGUCCUAAUUCUACAACAACCACUUGUGGCAGGUGUUUUUGUUGCUUUAUGGUGUCCCACCAUCAGACUGACUGUGACUGCAAUCCUAGGCACACUGACUUGGGAGUAAACGCCCAUUGAGCUCAGUGGGAUCUAUUUCUGAGUAAACAUGUUCUGGCUGACUCUGCGCAUCUUGCUUAUCUGGCUUCUUGCUGUCUGUUAAAAGCGUCCCCGACAAACUACAACCAGCAGGAAGAGAUAAGAGGCAGGAACAGACAGCAAGUACAGUACUUUGAAAUUAAGACGAGUCUCUGGAAGCUGAACCGCCUUGUGCUUUUUAUUCAUGCUUAAUCCUUACCGAUGGGCAGUUUGCUUGUUUCGAAGACAUUCGUGCUGACAAAAUUGGGAGGUUCAUCCUAGUAGCAGAAACGGAUUAUUGACUUGUCAAGAGGUGUGGAACUAAUUGUCAAAUUUCUUGGGCUAGUGGGAUAGAUGUUUAAUGGAUAUCAGCAAACUGGUGUUGGUUUGUGCCCUCUGGGCAUCUAGCUACUUAAAAAGCUCCCUACUAGAAGAUUAAAAGCAGCAAAUCCAUGAGGAACGUAAUUCAUAUGGAGAUAGUUCAGAGAUCUGCUUCCCAGAAAUGGGCUUUCUUGGUAGAUGAUGAGUUCAGCAGCUUGACUCAAACCAGAGUGAGAUCAAGACAUUUUUCUGCAUCAAGUGCAGAAAUUUAAGGAUCCUGCCCACCUCCAGCCCCCACAAACCAGGAUGCAGAAUAUGAACCCCGGCCGAGUUAUUUUGGCAGCUGAAGCAGAAGAUCCCAGAAGUGUGUCUCUCACUGGCAAUGCAAACACUGAUCAUAAUGAAUUUGUGGCCUUUUCAUAACACCCAAAAUCAGCUUCCUCAGUCUGCCUAAUAGUACAGCUGGCCCUGUAUUACCAAACUUGGUUGUCACUUCUCCACAACCCUAGAUUUGUUGUUGUUGUUUAGUCGUUUAGUCGUGUCCGACUCUUCGUGACCCCAUGGACCAGAGCACGCCAGGCACUCCUGUCUUCCACUGCCUCCUGCAGUUUGGUCAAACACAUGCUGGUAGCUUCGAGAACACUGUCCAACCAUCUCGUCCUCUGUCGUCCCCUUCUCCUUGUGCCCUCCAUCUUUCCCAACAUCAGGGUCUUUUCCAGGGAGUCUUCUCUUCUCAUGAGGUGGCCAAAGUAUUGGAGUCUCAGCUUCACGAUCUGUCCUUCCAGUGAGCACUCAGGGCUGAUUUCCUUCAGAAUAGAUAGGUUUGAUCUUCUUGCAGUCCAUGGGACUCAUAGAAUCAUAGAAUCAUAGAGUUGGAAGAGACCACAAGGGCCAUCGAGUCCAACCCCCUGCCAAGCAAGAAACACCAUCAGAGCACUCCUGACAUAUGGUUGUCAAGCCUCUGCUUAAAGACCUCCAAAGAAGGACACUCCACCACAGUCCUUGGCAGCAAAUUCCACUGUCAAACAGCUCUUACUGUCAGGAAGUUCUUCCUAAUGUUUAGGUGGAAUCUUCUUUCUUGUAGUUUGAAUCCAUUGCUCCGUGUCCGCUUCUCUGGAGCAGCAGAAAACAACCUUUCUCCCUCCUCUAUGUGACAUCCUUUUAUAUAUUUGAACAUGGCUAUCAUAUCACCCCUUAACCUCCUCUUCUCCAGGCUCUCAAGAGUCUCUCAAGAGUCUUCUCUCAAGAGUCUCCUCCUGCACCAUAGUUCAAAAGCAUCCAUUCUUCGGUGAUCAGCCUUCUUUAUGGUCCAGCUCUCACUUCCAUAACGGGUUAUAAAACCCAACUCUCACUAACCAUCUCACUUGGAAAUGAAAUUUCAGAUUUGGGAAGCAAAUUAGGCAUUUCCCGCUCAUUGCUUGGGCUCAAGGUGAAUUUUGAAGGCUGGAACACAAAAUGAAACAACAAGACACACACACCCAACACACACAGCUUCUUGACAAUGUUUUUAGUACUCCAGGAUUGAUGUUACACUGCAAUUCAAAGCAACCUUCCGGGAGAAGAAAUAGGCACCCCUCCAUUUGGUUCUUGUUCUGCGUUGUUGUUUUUAAGCCUUGAGAUUUUAUGUUGCUGUGUGUCUGAAAAGCAGGGUGUAAAUAAUAAUAUAAUAUAAUAUAAUAUAAUAUAAUAUAAUAUAAUAUAAUAACAGAAUAGGGGGUUGCUAGCCCAAUAAGUCAAGGGAAACAUUGCUGAAUUUUGCACUCCCACCUUCAGAAUGUACUUCAGCCCCCACUCCCAAGUUGUUGGCUUCCGUCUGUCUUGAGAGACAAUGGAGUGCACCUCUCAGGGUGAAGUCAAACCAUUGGAGAAUCACAGCACCUCCUGUGGCUUUAGAGGCUGGUAACUCGUAACUGCUGCCUGUGACUCCUAACUGUGUGGCCUGAUGAGCGAGAUAAUCUGGGGGUGAUUCUGCCUUGCAUCGGGGGGAUUGGGUUCAAUUUACAAUUCUGUGCUCAAACUGAGGAGAUCCUGUCAGAAUCAGGCCUGUGAUCUGAGAAGUAGCAAGGACUUUCCUCCUGCAUAAUAUUAUUUCGCCAUAUCUUUACAACUGCAUGUGAAACAUUUUUCUUUUUAUUGCUUUUUGUCAAUCUGUCAGAACCAGUGCAAUAAUAAAGCUACAGGCUUCUAGAGAGUUGCUAUAGCUCUGCGCUGUAGUAACCCCUUUGUUCCCCCUGGAGCCUUUCCAACAUUUCAGUCCUGUGGGCACUUAAGGGGGUGAGGGGACCUGAGAGCCUUGGUGGGAGCGGGGCACAGUUCAAAAUACCAGUGUGCCAAAAAGAGAAAAGAGGAGCGAACAAAUGUAAACUUUGCUCUUGGGUAAACCAAACAGCUCCGUUGAGUCAGUCAACACACAUCGCAGGCAAAGAAAGAAAGUUCCCUUACCCAGGUGAAAAUGUACUCCUAACCUUAGCAGCAAAGAAUACCUAGGUAAACUGCAAAGGGCGAUCUGUACACCACGUUCUUUCCAAAAGCACGUUCUCAGUCCUCUGUCUUGACUCUGCAAGUGGUUACUAGUUUCUGUUCAAGGCUUGGGGGAAAGGCACUCUGCACAUGUUGGGUUUCCCUCUGAUCAUUUCUGCUUUUCAGGGAACAGAAAGAGAAGUGCUGGAUUUUCUGUGAAGGCAUUUCCCCCUAAGAACAUUUGUGAGAAUAAGAAAGUGCAGUUGGUUCUUGUGUGAAGGGAGGUAGAAGAGUUAGAGUGAGUUAGAGACAGGAUAAAAUAAGACUAAGAGGGUAAAGGGUAACAGCAUUUUGAAUGCAUUUUAAUUUUACAGUGGUACCUCAGGUUAAGUACUUAAUUUGUUCCAGAGGUCUGUUCUUAACCUGAAAUUGUUCUUAACCUGAGGUACUAUUUCUGGGUUAGCGGAGUCUGUAACCUGAAUCGUCUGUAACCUGAAGUGUAUGCAACCCGAGGUAGCACUGUAGUUGUGUUUGCAAUAAACUACAAUCUUCGUUGUUAACUUGAGAACCCGACUAAGACUAAGUGUUUUACCGGGAAGAACCUGGUUGGUGGCAGCAGAUUAGUGGUGUACGGAUCAAUAGUCCAUCAAACGACCGGGGGCUCCGUACACAAAAAUUCUGGAGAACCAGUAGCGAAUGGUGGGGUAGGAUGACAGCACUUACCUAACCUCCUGGCAGUGGAGUCUCUGCUGCUUACCAAAGGGAAGUGAGAAGGGGCAGGUGGCGGUGACAUUGAUGCUGUGGAAACGCACCAGCAGGAACACUCUGCCUGCACAAUUGCACAGCACUGACCUCCCUGCUGCCUUGCUCCUUCCACUCUCCCUCCCAAAAAGCAGCAGGGACUCUGCUGCCGGGAAGUCAGGUAAGCACCGUUGUCCCACCAACCACUACAGCAGAGAGCCUUUCAGCAGCUGUGUUGGAAAUGCAAAACCUCCACUUGCGGAGCGAGACCAACAAAAGAUGACAUUCCACCUGCAUUGUGCGUCUCAUUCAACGAAGACCAGCACAGUAGUCACGAGAGAUAUGAUCAAACAAGAGCAGUAUGAGGGCACCCGACCAGGCACCUAUAAAACAAUAAACUUCUUGCCAAGGCAGAGAAUGGGUUCAUUUACUGACUUCCUUCUCCCUGCCCUUUAUCACACAUGCCAUGCUAGGGAGAAAUGGAUGGAUGUUCUCUCGCCGACAUUUCCGGGCACUCCGCCAUUCUAGUCCCAACAAACACAUCCCCAGAUGGACACAAGCCUUAUGACUCUGAAUUUAAGAGCCAGCGCUGCCCAGUUUAUGCCCACGACCCCUCUCAAAGCAUGCCACUACUGGAGAGGCUGCAAGGCCAGGUAGGCAUACUCUGGACAUGGCCAGCAUCUACAGCAUCAGAGGUCAGCUUGGUGGAAGGCCUACUGGGUGGAUCUGAUUAUUCCUGAACCCCUUUUGUUUUUCAUGUUCCGGCAGAAUUAGUUGGACCACGACUCCUGUCAUUGCUGGUCAUUGGUCUUGCUGGCUGAGGCUGACGGGACUUGGGAGGGCAUGAUGUUGGCUGUCCCUGUGGAUUUCACUGGAGUACCUUUGGACCAGCUGCUUCUCCCCGGCCGGCUUUUCUCUGAAUUGCUUCUAGUCCUAACAUGGAAAAGGAGGUGUCAGGAAUGAGCCAGCUGCUAGUGAAACUCCACAGCCUGCUGCAGAACAGAGAGAGUUAGAUCUGCAGCAGGCUGAACAGUGGUCAGUGCAACUCCCAUGGGCACUGGAAUGCCAGUUGCAAAGGGAAUGACUGAGAGCAGGCUGGAGCACAGCCAAAGCUCUCUGGAAGAUCGGUUAGGCGCAAACAGGCAAGGAGAUUGUUUGUUGGAACAGGAAGAGGUUGGAGCAAGCCAAUCAGUCCCAAAAGCCGGCAAAUGGGAGGGUUGUUAGACCGGAAGCAAAACAAGAGACGUAAAAGUCGUAAGUUCAAUAUCUUUUGUAAAUCCCGAAAGGACUCUUUAGAAGGGUCAUCUUGAGUAACGAUAUCGGUCAGAAGCUUUGUUAGAGUCGUUCAGAGCUAUCUGUUUGUUUGGGUUUUUUUUGCAACAAAUCCUCCUUUUUAAUUAGCCAUGCUUCUGGGAACCUGGACUUCUGACAGGAGGAGCACAUCAACUUGGGAGAUAUUCAUGAUCACAGUGUGAGGUCCUAUGUAUUGUCGCUUUUGUUCCCAGCAGGGUCUGAACACCGUAAUGGAAAUGGAAGAUGCCGGAGAAAAGUCUAGCAAAAUGCAACCCCAGACGGGGAAAAUCUGCAGAGCCCUGAGCUACAUCACGGGGGACAUGAAGGCGUUGGGAGACUGGCUGAAAGGUAAGCACAUAGCAGAUGAUGCACUGAUGAGAACCAGAAUGAUGCAAUAUUGCUUUUGAACCUGGAGACCUUUGCUUGAGUGCCUGCUCAUCUUCAAAGCUUCUCCUGUACCAACAGCACAAUCCUGGGGAGCCUGUUGUCUUCUAGGUGAUGAUGGACUACAACUUUCAUUAGUGAAAUACUUUAUUGUCACUUGUACAACUUGUAUACAGUGAGAUUACACGAGCACCCGCCACUCAGCUCUCUUAGUCUUAAUUCCCCACAUUUACUGACGCACACCCACCAAACCCGAAAGUCAGUUGCCCUGUUGUUAUCUUUUCAUUCAGCAGCCUAACAGCCCACAGAUAGAAGCUGUUCUUUACCCUGUUGGUGCGACUAAUCAUGCUUCUAUAUCUUCUGCCCGAGGGCAGGAGAUCAAGAAAGUGCCGGCCAGGGUGUGAAUCAUCCCUGAGAAUUUUCCUCACACUCCUGAGGCAACUUUCUUCCGCUAUUUCAUCCAGCAGAUUCACAGGACAGCCCAUAAUAUCUUGUGCUGUAUUCACCACCCUCUGUAGGCACUUCCUAUCAGUUGAUGUCAAACCAGCAUACCACAUUGUGAUGCAGUGUGAAAGGACACUUUCUAUUGUUGACCAGUAGAAGGAGAUCAUCAAAUAUUGAUUGACAUCACUCUUCCGCAAUACUCUGAGGAGAUGGAGUCUCUGUUGGGCUUUCUUAACCACCACUGGGGCUCAGGACACAUUUCCUGAGUCCAAGAAGAGCAUAAUAUGGAGGGUGCCUGCUGGAUUAGACAAAUGGUCCAUUCUAGCCCACUGUUGCAGUCUAGGUGGCUCCAUCAAACCACGGAGCUCAGUUUACUAGUUUUGCAGAGGAAGCAGUGGGUGGGAACAGGAAGCAAGGCAGCAGAGCUCAGCGGCCAGGAGCCUCAGGUUCAAAACGUCCCUGGUCACUCCGCACUGAGGGCCUCUCAAAAUCCUGGAGCCUGUCCUGCAAGGUCUGGUCCUGUCCUCUCUUUUACCCCAGGAAUAUAUCACGAUACUUUUAUUCCUAAGCUUCCUAUGUUUGAGAUCCACUCCGCCACCCUGCUCCCAGACCAUCGGUUUAUCUUGCCCACAUUCCAACACGAAGUUUUAAGUUAUACAAUCCCAGCACAAGCUGGCAGGGACACACUCACGCCAUCUGCCAUUUUAGAUGUAAGCAACAUAAAUAAACUGUUGUUUUUUUAUCUUCAGUAUGAACUCUGCCAGCAGUUCAGUCAGCUCCCCAACUGCAAAAUGGUGUGGUUUAUUUUAUUUUUUUAUAAACAGUAAUAAACGUGUGUCAUAUUUUACAACUCUGUCAGUGGUAAGGGCCCUACCAGAUGCUGCUGAGAAUAUGCACGUUGGAAACUGUCCCAGACCAUAAACUUUCAAACAACGGUAACUAAGACCUACUGGAGUGAGCUAAAAUGUGACAAUUUGUGCCCCCAAAUCUGCCUCUAUGUGCAUUUUGAAAGUGCAUGGUCAGUGAGUGUUUAAAUACUUGCCCAAUGCUUGCUAAGUAUUCAGGAUCCAGUGAGUGCAUCUAAUAAAAUGUCCCGUGGAAACAUAGAUCAAACUGUGGGUUCAUCUAGCUCAGAAUUGUGGGUGGCCUGUGGUCUAAACCACUGAGCCACUUGGGCUUGCUGAUCAGAAGGUUGGCGGUUUGAAUCCCCGCAACAGGGUGAGCUCCCGUUGCUUUGUCCCAGCUCCUGCCAACCUAGCAGUUUGAAAGCACACCAGUACAAGUAGAUAAAUAGGUACCACUGCGGCGGGAAGAUAAACGGCAUUUCCGUGUGCUCUGGUUUCCGUCACGGUGUUCCAUUGCUCCAGAAGCGGUUUAGUCAUGCUGGCCACAUGACCCGGAAAGCUGUCUGUGGACAAACCCCAGCUCCCUCGGUCUGAAAGCGAGAUGAGUGCCGCAACCCCAUAGUCACCUUUGACCGGACUUAAGCGUCCAGGGGUCCUUUACCUUUUUACAAUGACUGGCAGCAGUUGCUCUCCAGGAUUUUGGGCAGCGUUCUCUCCUGACCCACAUAGGAGGAUGAUGGGGAAUGAAUGAUGGGACCUUCUGCACGGACAGGGCCCUGUUUAAGAAGCAUCUGGCAGGCCACUGUGAGAACAAGAGGCUGGACUAGAUGGGUCCUUGGCCUGAUCCAGCAAAGGCUCUUCUUAUCUUCUUCUGCCUCUCCCUUUGGACCCCUCCCUCGUCAUCUAGAUGUGUGAGCCUUUAGUCAUGUUUUCAGGCACCAUCUGUUUUUUUGCACUUAGCUGCUCCAAUGACGACAUUCUCUUUUAUAUAUAUAUAUACAUUUUUAUUGGUUUUUUUACAUAUCAUUUCCAACAUUCAUUUAACAUAACUUCUUAUCUUAUACAAUAUUUUAGACUUCCGUCAACACCUCUGAUGAUUUUCCAUUCUUUAUCACUAUGCAUUUCUUAAUUUCUCUAUUACUCUUAAUUAUCAUUAAUAAUUCUCAUAGUUUUUCUUGCAAUAUUUCAAAUAGUCCUCCUUACAGAACUUCUUGCAGUCCUACUAGUGUAAUCUGUUCAUUACAAUUGCUUUUCAAAUAGUUCAUAUAUUUACUCCAGUCUUCUAAGAAUCUCUGGUCCCGCAGGUUUCAAAUCCUUCCUGUUAAUUUAUCCAAUUCUGCAUAGUCCAUCCAUUUCUUCCACCACUCUUCUUUCAUCGGUAGUUCUUCUUGCUUCCAUUUUCGUGCCAAUAAUAUUCUUGCUGCCAUCACUGCAUAUAAAAACAACUUACAAUCCUGUCUGUUAAUAUCAUCUCCUACAAUGCUGAGUAAAAAUGCUUCUGGUUUCUUAAUACAUGUAUAUUUCAACAUUUUUUUCAUCUCAUUAUAUAUCAUUUCCCAGAAGUUUUUCACUUUUUUACAUUCCCACCACAUGUGAUAGAAAGUUCCUUCCUUGUCUUUACAUUUCCAACAUUUAUUACUUGUUUUAUACAUUUUAGCUAAUUUCACAGGGGUGAUAUACCACCUAUACAUCAUUUUCAUCACAUUUUCUUUCAAAGCAUUGCAUGCAGUAAAUUUCAAUCCUUCCUUCCACAGUUUUCCACAGUCUUUUAACUGUAUAUUAUACCCAAAAUCUUUGGCCCAAUGGGGACAUUCUCUUUCAGAUAAGCCUCUGGUGUUUCAGUUUGUCGACUGGGUCCUGCGUGGCAUCUCUCAGGUGAUGUUUGUCAGCAACCCGCUGAGUGGUCUGCUCAUGUUAGCUGGAUUCCUCGUCCAGAGCCCUUGGAUCACACUGACAUGUUGCACUGGAGUCAUUGUCUCAACAUUAACAGCACUGAUCCUGUGCCAAGAGAGGUAGGUUUGCCCCUGAAUUAUUCUUUCAUGACUCAAAUCACUUCUCUUUUCUUGUUUUACAUAUACAUAUAUAUACAUAUCUUUAGGCACCAGGCAAAAACAUUCCUCUUCUCCCAAGCCUUUGGCCAAUUAAAUAAUCUGUGGCCUCUUAAACUGGGGGUGUUUUUGUUUUUAUUUGUUAUUAUGGUGUGUUUUUGUGUGUGUAUGUGUGUGUGUGUUUUAUGUUUUUAUGUUGUAAACAGUCCUGUGAUCCUCUGAUGAAGGGCGAUAUAGAAAUUUAAUAUUAUUAUUAAUAUUAUUAUUAUUAUUAUUAUUAGGCGACUGGGCUUAUUGACAACUCCACAAAUAUCCUAUGUUCUGCAAUACAUUAGACUGAAAUUUUGGACACAGAAAGCUGAAGUUCUGUGAGCAGAAUUAUACUGUUCAACAGAGGGGAAUAAUAAAUGUUAUGUACUGAGCUUGGUCCUGCCAACCUAGCAGUUCGAAAGCACGUCAAAAUACAAGUAGAUAAAUAGGUACCGCUUCGGCAGGAAGGUAAACGGUGUUUCUGUGUGCUGCUCUGGUUCGCCAGAAGUGGCUUAGUCAUGCUGGCCACAUGACCUGGAAGCUGUACGCCGGCUCCCUCAGCCAAUAAAGUGAGAUGAGCGCCACAACCCCAGAGUCGGCCAUGACUGCACCUAAUGGUCAGGGGUCCCUUUACCUUUUUACUGAGCUUGGAUUCUAGAACAAUAGGCAGGUAGGGUCCUAGAAGGCAGCAACCUGAUUGGUCUGCAGCAGCCGCCCAAUCUGGCUCCAGGAGGAAGUGAAUCAGCAACCUGAUUGGCCUGCAGGAGCAGACCAAUCAGGCUCCAGGAGGGGAGUUGAAUCAGCCAAUCACACAUUGUUCAAAUAAUGUAUAUAUAGCCAGAGGUUUUGAGGGAAAACACACUCACUCACUGUUUACCAUGAGCUGAAAUAAAGAGCAUGAAAUCAACACUCAACUCCGAGUAUAUUUCAGGGGAUGUGGUCAGGAAUCAUCCCUUCCUUGCCAGCUAACCACAGAGACCCUCAACCAUUAGGCAAGGGCAGUCAUUGUCCGUUAUCACUCUUGGUCACAGCCUGGGGCAGAGGCAAAUAUCUUCUGCAGUCAUCAAGACUGCUCCUCAGACCCUCAGCUUCAGCAGCGACUGCGGAUGAGGAUACAGUUAUAAGCAUUUCCGACCUCUUUUGCUCCUCACGCAGGUCAGCCAUUGCUGCGGGACUCUACGGCUACAAUGGCGUGCUGGUAGGAAUGCUCAUGGCUGUGUUUUCCGACAAGGGAGAAUAUUACUGGUGGCUUUUGCUUCCUGUUGCUCUCAUGUCCAUGACGUGGUAAGUAUUUUGGGUUCCAAGUGUGCAUUUUGUGUGUGUGUGUGUGUGUGUGAAAAUACAGUGCCCCCUAUCCACUUUGUUCUCCUCUCACCGUCAGGCCAUAAGAUGCAUUUAUAUUAUACAACAAGGGUAGCCAACCUGGUGCCCUCAAGAUAUAGCUGGAUUACAAUUCCUUUCAGCCCUAAGCAUGGGCCAUAUUGGCUGCAGCUGAUGGGUGCUGGAAUUCAGAUAUUGGGUGAUGGGUGUUGGAAUCCAAUAUUUGGAUUGGCAGCAUGUUGGUGGGGGAGAAUUGGUCUUCCUUCCUUCCUUCCUUCCUUCCUUCCUUCCUUCCUUCCUUCCUUCCUGGAACCAUAAAAGCUAUCAUACCCCCCCAUCAGGGUCCCAAUCCAGAUUCUUCCCACCUCCUAAUGUAUGCAUGAUCAACUAAAUAUCUGGCCUUUCGGGACAUCUUCGGGAAAAGAAAAUACAGUGGUACCUCGGGUUACAGACGCUUCAGGUUAUGCGUUUUCGGGUUGCGCACCGUGCUGAACCCAGAAGUACUGGAAUGGGUUACUUCCGGGUUUCGGCACUUGCGCAUGCACAGAAGCACUAAAUCGCGCUUUGCGCAUGCACAGAAGCGCCAAAUUGCGACCCGCGCGUGUGCAGACACGGCGCUGCGGGUUGCGAACGAGUCUCCUGCAUGGAUCACGUUCGCAACCUGAGGUUCCACUGUACUAAGGAGUAAGCCUUACACAAAUCCAUAGUGGAUUCCCCUAAGACUGGUGGGUGGUUCCUUGUAUGCCUCCAUCCUCAACUCCUGCAGCCAGAUUGGCGCCAAACAUAUUGCUCUGCUUUCUUUUGGUCCACAUCAGUGAGGCUGAGAAGGGGGUCUUGUCAUCUGGGCAUCCCAGGACACACGCUGCCUAGGCUCGCGCCCCGGGGAGGUCUCUUGGAUGCUGCUAAUGCAGCAAAAAUAAACAAUGCAGGAGGUAGCCGUUGUGAAUUACCAGUCUUUGCAAUCACAGCAAGUGCUGCAAUCCUUCAGCGGUUUGACUUCACCCCCAGAGGCACACUCCAUUAUCUCUCGAGACAGAGGGACGCCAAAAAAACCCGGCUCCUUUAAGAGAAGCAACUAUGACCCAGAAGACCAGCUCCCGAACUUUUGUUAUACCAUUCAUUAAGCUUGCGAUGGGUUUUUGCAUAAACAGCAGAUGACAAUGCACUCUGUUAGAAUUCCUGCUCCGUGAUUGCAGUCAUGGGAUUGUUGUCUAUCACAUGACGGUGUAUGUUUUGACUCCACAGAGUGGAAAGUGACUGAGACAGGAUGUUUGUGUUACUGUGUUCCGUGAAGUGGGACUAUUGUCCUUUGCUCUUUUUCUCUUUGCUGUCUGAUGCUAGAGAGAGAGGGAGCCAUUUUGCUUGCAGUGUAAAUAAAAUAGAUUAGCCAAAAUGCUGAGUUGCUGAGGUCUGUCACGCAAGCUGCGAAGACUCUGCGGAUCCCUAAGUGUGCUGAUGUCUGUUGGCAUUGGUUGCUGUGAUGUUUGGGCAGAAGAAAGCUUUUGAAGCUCCCGAACAAUCAACCAGGAGGGAGAGAACAUGCCAGUCGGACAUGUGUCUCUGCCAGGGUCCUACUUGAGUGUAGGACGAGCUCCUGACACACUCAUGUUGAUAUUUGGUGUGGGUUUCUUAAAACAAAAUCCUUCACCUAAAGGCACACAUGCAGAGCUAAUGUAUUAUGUGGUUUCAUUCUGAGUGGGUAAUUGAGUCUGGGUUUUAUAGGCCUUGUCUCAUAUUCUAACUACAGUAGUGCCUCCGUUUACAAACUUAAACAGUUCCGGAAGUCCGUUCUUAAACUAAAACCGUUCUUAAACUGAAGCGUGCUUUCCCUAAUGAGGCCUCCCGCCACCAGUGCCCUUCCACCAUUUGGAUUCCGUUCUUAGACUGAGGUAAAGUUCUCAAACCAGGACACUAUUUCCGGUUUUGCGGAGUUUGUAAACUGAAUCGUUCUUAAACCAGACUGUUCUUAAACCAAGGUACCACUGUGCUUCACUAUAUCCCGUGUGUCUGCUAAACCAGAAAUUACCUCAAGUUCCUUUUUGUUUUUCUUCUUUUGUGAUUUUUCAUUGACAUAGUUCUACCAACUCCCACUAACUGGUUCCUUUCUUUCCAUUCAUUUUGAAAACAAUUUUCCCUCCCUUCAUAUAAACUGAACACUGAACCGAAACAAGUUUAUUGCAUGAGAUUCAUUCAACAGGAAGGUUACAUUCCAUGCUGCGUAUUGUGUAUUGUGUAUCACUUUGAGAAAUAUGAGCCAGUAACGCCAAAACAAAACAAAGCAAAACAAAAAUGCCAAAGUGAUAAAACUUCUCCCUUUGGCUCUGAGGACAAAAAAAACAGUUACUGAGAAUGCAUUCCAAUCUGUUUCCAAAAGGGGAGCACUUUUGCUCUCUGCUGAGCACUCACUCUGAUCUGUUUGUGGGGAGAUUCGACAAAGGGCUCAUCCACACCAAAUUUCCUCCUCACUUUCUAGCCACCGGUUCAUGCUUUUCCAGUCCGUGUGCAAGCACUUUUUUCUUCCCUGCCACUUUCCCUGCAAAACCCACUCUUUUAGAUGCAGAUAGUGUAUGGAUAAGUGACGCGGGUGGCGCUGUGGUCUAAACCACUGAGCCACUUGGGCUUGCUGAUCAGAAGGUCAGCGGUUCGAAUCCCUGCGACAGGGUGAGCUCCCGUUGCUCUGUCCCAGCUCCUGCCAUCCUAGCAGUUUGAAAGCACACCAAUGAGAGUAGAUAGGUACCACUGCAGCGGGAAAGUAAACGGCAUUUCCGUGCGCUCUGAUUUCCAUCACAGUGUUCUGUUGCACCAGAAGCGGUUUAGUCUUGCUGGCCACAUGACCCAGAAAGCUCUCUGUGGACAAACGCUGGCUUUCUUGCCCUGAAAGCGAGAUGAGCGCCACAACCCCAUAGUCGCCUUUGACUGGACUUGAUUGUCCAGGGGUCCUUCACCUUUACCUUUAUCGUAUGGAUAAAUGCAACAAUGUUUGGAAUCCAUUCAUAAGAAGCGUAAUGUCUUGUUAAUAAUAAUUUUACAUUUAUUGGAUUAAUUGCAUCACUUAUGUCCUCUAUUGUGUACUCUAUUCUAUUGUGUUGGUUAUUUCCCCUCUUUCUUUCUUUCUUUUCAUAUUAUUCACAUCUUUCAUAUUUCUUUUCUUUCAUUGAAGAUUUUUCACUGAAAACUUAUACAGUGGUACCUCGCGUUACAGACGCUUCAGGUUAAAAACGCUUCAGGUUACAGACUCCGCUAACCCAGAAAUAGUACCUCGGGUUAAGAACUUUGCUUCAGGAUGAGAACAGAAAUUGUGCAGCGGCAGUGGGAGGCCCCAUUAGCUAAAGUGAUACCUCAGGUUAAGAACAGUUUCAGGUUAAGAACAGACCUCCGGAACGAAUUAAGUUCUUAACCCAAGGUACCACUGUACAUACAUAUAUAUGUGUGUAUACACACACACACACACACACACACACACACACACACACUUUCUUGGCAGCCCACAGAAAACCCUAAUUGCCCUUUGCUCCGAUUCAGUGUGAAAGAGCAGGUUUCCUACAGAAAGCUGUGGGGCAAAAAAGGGGGGGUGCUCAGAAAUGGACUGGGGAAAUGCAAACAUAUGCCUAGAAAGCAUGGGGGCCAAAAAAAAAAAAAAGUUCAGGGGGAGGGGCCCUCAAAGUUGCACCAAGCAACUGUCAACCUUCACUUUCCAGCACAUUUUUCUAAUUGCUUUCCUUAUCACAAAACAGUCCAAUUUGGAUGGGGAAGCGGGUUUGUUUCGCAAGAUCUCCUAAACAACUUUCAUUGUGCAACCUGCAUUUGCCGGUACGUGGUUGAAUCCACCAGAAAAUAGCUACAGUUUGGAAGCCUGCUGGGGCUUCUGUAGCAGCAGCAGCAAGCUGGGUAGAAUUUUGUUCGCAAUUUCUCCAGGCUUUCUGUAAAAAUAUAAAAAAUAAACAGAAGCCAACUCCCCCUCCCAAUACGAUUACAGUAGAACCUCAGGUUACAGAUGCUUCAGGUUACAGACUCCGCUAACCCAGAAAUAGUACCUCAGGUUAAGAACUUUGCUUCAAGAUGAGAACAGAAAUCGUGCUCCAGCGGCACGGCGGCAACGGAAGGCCCCAUUAGCUAAAGUAGUGCUUCAGGUUAAGAACAGUUUCAGGUUAAGAACAGACCUCCAGAACGAAUUAAGUUCUUAACCCAAGGUACCACUGUAUUAGACAUUUAAAUGUUUUCUGCUUCUGUGCUUUCCCAUGCUUAAAGAACUGUGUACACGCUGGGUAUGAGCCAAAGCUCCUCAAGGCUCCUAUUUGCCAAAGCAACUCUGUGCACACAGAGAGCUGCCCCAAUUUCCUUUGAGUAGGGAUGGGAGGGUAAUUCAGUUCAGUUGACAAACAAGAAGAAGAGAAGAGUUUUGGAUUUGAUAUCCCGCCUUUCACUCCCUUUAAGGAGUCUCAAAGCGGCUAACAUUCUCCUUUCCCUUCCUCCCCCACAACAAACACUCUGUGAGGUGAGUGAGGCUGAGAGAUUUCAGAGAAGUGUGACUAGCCCAAGGUCACCCAGCAGCUGCAUGUGGAGGAGCGGAGACGAAAACCCGGUUCACCAGAUUACGAGACUACCGCUCUUAACCACUACACCACACUGGCUCUCUACCUGAUUCACACGAUUCAAAGGCAAAUCUACCUGAUUCACACAUUCCGGGGGGAAAUAUGCAGGUUGACACACAGCCAUCCGGCAAAAUUUGUGCUUUCCUGAAUGUUGCAAUGCAGAUUGGCAGUCAACUUUUUCCUGGCAUCCAUCUGUCUCGGGAGUUGAUGGAGGAGUGCGCCUUCGGGGCUAAAGUCAAACCAUUGGAGAGUUGCAGCGCCUGCUGUGGCUGUAGAGACUGAGAUGGGAGAGACAUGUUUUGUUGCAGCUGGGGCAGAUGAAGGGGUCCAGUUUUGCUGCUGCAGAUGCACCAUGGCAUUUCGUCUCUCUAUGCUCCUCCCAGUGGUCGUUCCUCCUCUGGUCACAGCUAUGGAUGCACGACUUGACUGCUUGUCUCCAGGCACUGUGGUCGUCCGCAAGGGAUUCUCGCGUGGCUGGGUUGAUAUUGUCAGCCUCCAUGUCACGUUUGCAGACAUCUUUGCAACGCAAGAGUUGGUCUGCCAAUGGGCCUGGUGCAAAUCCAUUUUGUUGUUGUUGUUUAGUUGUUUAGUCGUGUCCGACUCUUCGUGACCCCAUGGACCAGAGCACGCCAGGCACUCCUGUCUUCCACUGCCUCCCGCAGUUUGGUCAAACUCAUGCUGGUAGCUUUGAGAACACUGUCCAGCCAUCUCGUCCUCUGUCGUCCCCUUCUCCUUGUGCCCUCCAUCUUUCCCAACAUCAGGGUCUUUUCCAGACAGCCUUCUCUUCUCAUGAGGUGGCCAAAGUAUUGGAGCCUCAGCUUCACAAUCUGUCCUUCUAGUGAGCACUCAGGGCUGAUUUCCUUCAGAAUGGAUAGGUUUGAUCUUCUUGCAGUCCAUGGGACUCUCAAGAGUCUCCUCCAGCACCAUAAUUCAAAAGCAUCAAUUCUUUGGCGAUCAGCCUUCUUUAUGGUCCAGCUCUCACUUCCAUACAUCACUACUGGGAAAACCAUGGCUUUAACUAUACGGACCUUUGUUGGCAAGGUGAUGUCUCUGCUUUUAAGAUGCUGUCUAGGUUUGCCAUCGCCUUUCUCCCAAGGAGCAGGCGUCUUUUAAUUUCGUGACUGCUGUCACCAUCUGCAGUGAUCUUGGAGCCCAAAAAAGUAAAAUCUCUCACUGCCUCCAUUUCUUCCCCUUCUAUUUGCCAGGAGGUGAUGGGACCAGUGGCCAUGAUCUUUGUUUUUUUGAUGUUGAGCUUCAGAUCAUAUUUUGCGCUCUCCUCUUUCACCCUCAUUAAAAGGUUAUUUAAUUCCUCCUCACUUUCUGCCAUCAAGGUUGUGUCAUCUGCAUAUCUGAGGUUGUUGAUAUUUCUUCCGGCGAUCUUAAUUCCUGCUUGGGAUUCAUCCAGCCCAGCCUUUCGCAUGAUGAAUUCUGCAUAUAAGUUAAAUAACCAGGGAGACAAUAUACAGCCUUGCCGUACUCCUUUCCCAAUUUUGAACCAAUCAGUUGUUCCAUAUCCAGUUCUAACUGUAGCUUCUUGUCCCACAUAGAGAUUUCUCAGGAGACAGAUGCAAAUCCAUAUACUACACUAAAACGUGCUUUAAAAUGCAUAUACAGUGGUACCUUGGUUCUCAAACACCUUGCCUCCCGAAUAAAUUGGCUCCCGAAUGCCGCAAACUUGGAAGUAAGUGUUCCGGUAUGCGAACGUUUUUCAGAAGCUGAACAGCCGACAUGAAUUCUGCUUGAGUGCAGGAAGCUCUUGCAGCCAAUUGGAAGCUACGCUUUGGUUUUCGAACGGUUUCAGGAAUAGAACAGAGUCCCAGAACAGAUAAUAAUAAUAAUAAUAAUAAUAAUAAUAAUAAUAAUAAUAAUUUAUUUAUACCCCGCCCAUCUGGCUGGGUUUCCCCAGCCACUCUGGGCAGCUUCCAACAUAAUAUUAAAAUACAAUUGUCUAUUUAACAUUAAAAGCUUCCCUAAAGCUUGAGAACCAAGGUACAACAGUAAUAAUGAAAGUAACAUUAAAAAUGCAUUAUAUUCAUGGAAACUGCUUUGCAAAAACAUGUACAGUGGUAUCUCUGGUUGCGAAGGGGAUCCGUUCGCAACAUGAAAAGAGUGCAAGCCACAGCGGCACGUCUGUGCAUGUGCUGGUUGCGAUUCGCUGCUUCUGCGCAUGCGCGUGACGUCAUUUUGCGCGUCUGUGCAUGCGCGAGCGGCGGAACCCUGAAGUAACCCUUUUCAGUACUUCCGGGCUGCCGCGGGACAUAACCUGAAAGAACGUAACAUGAAGCAGAUGUAACAUGAGGUAUGACUGCAUGUAAAAAAAUUGCAUGGGAUAUCCCAUUGUGCAAGUGGAAAUCACUGCUGGCAGGACCUCUUAGCUGAAUCCCAUGCAAUAUUACUAACUGUGAAUCUAUACAUAUAAGUUAGCGUAAGCACAUUUUAACGCAAAACUGUGUCCCCCUUAGCUCUGUUGUGUUUCCUCUCUGUGUACAGUGAUGCUCUUUUGUUUUUCUAUUCCAGUCCUAUUUUCACGAGUGCCUUAGCCUCCGUCUUCAGCAAAUGGGACCUGCCGGUUUUCACGCUGCCCUUCAACCUGGCUCUGAGCAUGUUCGUGGCCGCCACUGGCCCCCACAACCCCUUCUUCCCCUCAACGCUCAUUCAACCCGUGACCUCGGUGCCCAACAUAACGUGGUGGGAGGCCGAAGCAUCUUUGGUAAGGGCAGUUUCAAAUGCUCGCAUCUCUCAGCCAAGGGAAUUCAUACGGGUGGGCCCUCUGAAUGAGGGAACAGGGGGUGGAAACAAACCACUUUCAGACAAAGGAUUGCGGGGCCCGAUUCCUGCAUCUAUUACCCUUUACAUUCUGGUUGCUCCUAUACUGGGCUGAGCACAAUAGGAUUCUGCACCAAGGGGCAAGUCAAUUGCAAAACCUCAAGCUGAGAACAAGCCUUGAGUCAUGGACACUGGACAGUGAAUCCAGGGGAAAUUAUUCUCUUUUUUAAAAAAAAAAUGUGGGUGAAACUGUGUGAUUAACAGGUAAUAGACAGUCUUUUAAGAAAGCACCAUAACUCAAUAAAUAAUGUAUAACAACUGUACUGGAGGUAAACAUUUGAACCAAACACAUUUCGACUUUGAUGCCUUCCUCGUUGGCCCUAAUUGGCUGCAUGUAUAUAAAUAAGCAUCAAAUAUGAAAUACAGUUUUUAAUAUGUUGAUUACACGAUUUGAGGUUUCAUCCUGGCUUGUGGUUUCACAGUGCUUCUAUACUGAGGCCCUAGUACGUAAAAGAGUGCCUCCCCCAAUAUCAACCGUCUCAGGCCCUAUGGCUCUGAGGGUGGUGAUUUUACGGCGUGUUGCCUAAAUGCUGCUACUUAGUAGUGGUCCCGUGCUUCUGCAAUCCCCUCUCUGGUGGUGUCCAUCUGCUCCCCCCCCCCCUUGCUCUUAAUAUUUCAGUAGUUUUUUUUAUAAUGUUCCUGUUCACCCACCCAUGUGGUGGCUGAAACAUAGGGGAUUUGAGGAGCAAACUUGGAAUUAUUAGCAGUGAGGAUACUUGGUUUGCCUGAGGUGGUCACUGCACUCUGCCUAAUGGCAUUAUUAUUAUUAUUAUUAUUAUUAUUAUUAUUAUUAUUUUAUAUAACACCAAAGAACACAGGGUGGUUUACAACAUGUUGUUGUUGUUGUUUAGUCGUUUAGUCGUGUCCGACUGUUCAUGACCCCAUGGACCAGAGCACGCCAGGCACUCCUGUCUUCCACUGCCCCCCGCAGUUUGGUCAAACUCAUGCUGGUAGCUUCGAGAACACUGUCCAACCAUCUCGUCCUCUGUCGUCCCCUUCUCCUUGUGCCCUCCAUCUUUCCCAACAUCAGGUUCUUUUCCAGACAGCCUUCUCUUCUCAUGAGGUGGCCAAAGUAUUGGAGCCUCAGCUUCAGGAUCUGUCCUUCCAGUGAGCACUCAGGGCUGAUUUCCUUCAGAAUGGAUCGGUUUGAUCUUCUCGCAGUCCAUGGGACUCUCAAGAGUCUCCUCCAGCACCAGAAUUCAAAAGCAUCAAUUCUUCAGUGAUCAGCCUUCUUUAUGGUCCAGCUCUCACUUCCAUACAUCACUACUGGGAAAACCAUAGCUUUAACUAUACGGACCUUUGUCAGCAAGGUGAUGUCUCUGCAUUUUAAGAUGCUGUCUAGGUUUGUCAUCACUUUUCUCCCAAGAAGCAGGCAUCUUUUAAUUUCGUGUCGGCUGUCACCAUCUGCAGUGAUCUUGGAGCCCAAGAAAGUAAAAUCUGUCACUGCCUCCAUUUCUUCCCCCUUCUAUUUGCGGUUUACAACAUAAAAACACCAAAUACAUCCCAGGCAGGAUCCCCUCUUCGAUUUGUGGAUGCUGUGUGUGAGCAGUUGUCUGUGGCCCAUGCCCAACACCAGAUUUGCCUAGGUAAGCCACAAACAGUGCCAGUUUACCAAAUAGGCAGAGUAGGCACCGACCUCUGGGCCCCACACCUUUUAGGGGCCCUGCGACAACAGACCAAAAUAUUAUUGGUGUGAUAUUGAAGGGAAAUUACAAUCUAGCCUUCUUCGUUCAUUGUGAGAGGGGGCCCUGAUAUGUCAGCUGACUAGAGGCCUCCACAGGGUUUAAUCUGGUACGGGUCACACUGGAAACAGCAGCAGCAAACCUUGCGCUGAUUUUAAGCAGUUUCCUUUGCCCCCUAACCCACAAAGCAGCUGUUUGUGGGUUUGGUUUACGUGACAACCCCAGAGCCAUAGAAAAACACCCAGCUGGAAAAGUUGUGCAUAAGAUUUUAUUGUGGCAAUCGACUUUUAUAUGCUCUGCGAACUAACUCCCCUAACUGCCUAAUUGGGCCUAAUCGACACGUUAUGAAAUCCAAGUGAUCUUUCCAACUUCCAAACACCCUGGAUCUCGGAGACUUUGGUCUCUCGUUGGCACAAGGUCAAAUAAACAGCCCAAUGUGAUCAGGUGGGAAAGGGGCAGCGCCAUGCUUCCUGCGAACAGAUCCAAGCUCAGCAAUCGACCUAGCCUUAUCUAUAACCACUUUAGCUUCAGUUGGUCGCCCAUUGAAUAAUUACGUGAAGAGACCUUCAAAGUGUGAAGCUGCCAAGAUAAUAAUAAUAAUAAUAAUAAUAAUAAUAAUAAUAAUAAUAAAAUAAUAAUAAUAAUUUUAUUUAUACCCUGCCCCCCCCAGCCAGAGCCAGGCUCAGGGCGGCUAACACCAGUAAAAUUGCAGUAAAAUCAUAAGGGGGGGACCAAUUUAAAAUACAGGUUAAAAUGCAAUUUAAAAUGCAGCCUCAUUUUAAAAGUAGCCCAUAGAUCAAAACCAUAAGGGGAGGGAAAACAUAAGAGUCAAACUGAGUCCAAACCAAAGGCCAGGCGGAACAGCUCUGUCUUGCAGGCCCUGCGGAAAGAUGUCAAGUCCCGCAGGGCCCUAGUCUCGUGACAGAGCGUUCCACCAAAUCGGGGCCAGUACUGAAAAGGCCCUGGCCCUAGUUGAGACCAAUCUAACCACCUUGAGACCUGGGACCUCCAAAAUAUUGUCAUUUGUGGACCUUAAGGUCCUCCACGGGGCAUACCAGGAGAGGCGGUUCUGUAGAUGUGGGGAGGAGGAUUGAAUUUAUGUGUCAAGGUAGCCUGAGGUCCGCAUUCCCUUCCAGAUUGUCUGUGGCAGGUCAGAAGCAACUCACAUGCACACUACAACGUACUCAUAAGCCAACUUCUCUCAGCAGCCAGGAACAUCAUAACCAGACACUGAAGGGACCUGUCAGGAGUAAACAUGGACUACUGUUACCAAACCUUAUGGGAAACAGCCCUACUAGAAAAAUAAACCAACAAACUGAAAGUAGCAUGGGGACGAAUAAAAGAGGACAUCUUCGCCCCGGUGUGGCUCCCCUUUGUUACAUACGCAGCCCAACAAGACGACAACAGGAACCCACCGACAGCAUAUGAAUCAAUAUGGCUCAAUUGACCCAACAAUUCUCACACACGCAAACAAAACUCACUGCUAUAGUCAACUAUAGGCAACCAACCAUGCCCUGUGUCCCAAUCUCUCUCUCCGCCAACAAAAACUAAUAAAUGAAUAAAAAUAGGACCGACCCAUGUGAUGCUGAAACAAAAACCUUAUGCGUACACUAUGUAGGGGAUGCGGGGGGCGCUGUGGUCUAAACCACAGAGCCUAGGGCUUGCCAAUCAGAUGGUCGGCAGUUCGAAUCCCCGCAAUGGGGUGAGCUCCCAUUGUUUGGUCCCUGCUCCUGCCCACCUAGCAGUUCGAAAGCACGUCAAAGUGCAAGUAGAUAAAUAGGUACCACUCCGGCGGGAAGGUAAGCGGCGUUUCCGUGCGCUGCUCUGGUUCGCCAGAAGCAGCUUAGUCAUGCUGGCCACAUGACCUGGAAGCUGUCUGCGGACAAACACCGGCUCCCUCGGCCUAUAGAGCGAGAUGAGCGCGCAACCCCAGAGUCGUCCGCGACUGGACCUAAUGGUCAGGGAUACCUUUACCUUUUUACACUAUGUAGAAGAACAAAAGUUUGCUGCCCUCCUCCUCUUCUCCCCCAACUUUAUAUGGUCUAUAACAUUAGCGUCUCACAUUGAAUAUGAAUGAUCUGUAGAAAACUCUAUGAACUGAAAGCAGAGAUGCCGCAUGUGUUUUUGUAACCAAGAAAAUAUUUAAUAGAAACAGUUUUUAAGAAACAAGUAAGUGAAUAACUCGUACGGCAUCUGUGAAGUUAGGAGAAUCAAAUUUCUACCCCACUCAUAGUGUGGAGAAGAGUUUUCUCCACCAAAAAUUACGUUGGAGGGAGGGAAGGAAAAUGUCUUUUCGUUCGUGUUUUUUCUUCAAAUGCUCUUCUGGAUUUUAACCCCAAUUGUCCUAAUGGUGUUCUUCAUACCCCCAUCAUUCCCCAUCGUUGUGUCUUCUAACCUGAGAGUUAGAUUCAAGAUCAUAUUGAUUCAGGGCCACACACCCAACCCCUCAGUUAGCUGUAAUGAAAUAUUUGGGAUAUGCACAGAAUUGUAUGUUCUGGAGCCGCGUUCCUGAAAACCGUCAAGAUUCUGUUGACGUGAGCAGCGCUGCGUCCCACAAACUCAGUGGAAAAGUACAGCUUGGGGCCUCUGUUGGCAAAUGGGUUUUUUGGCAUUGAGACCAGUCACCUCCAGCUUCCAUGGAGGGGAGACGUAUUAUGAGAGAUUAACAGGUUAUUAGAAAUAUUUUUUAUUCUUAUCUCCGCAAGAGACUUCAAAAAGCGUGUGCCAGCAGCGUCAUUUAGUGGAACGCUCCCCUGUGACUUAGCCAAAGCAGUAAUGAGUUUUCUGCUGUCAAGCUGAAGCAGACUCAUGCGUCGGGCAUUUAAUUUCAUUUAAAAGGGGGCCUUUGUUUCGGCGGCCGUCUCAUCACAGUUCAUAUUCAUAACAUUCACUGCCUGACAUUAGCUGCUUGUUUGAAAGGAAGGAAGGGCACAUACCAGCUCAGGGGUCGAGAGUUCAGCUCACAAAAGCCCAGUUUAUAUGUCCCUGGAACAGAAGCAAACUUCAUUCAACUGGAGGGGGAGCAGUAACAGCGUCCCUCACCUCCCGUUAGCAGAUAGUGUCAGGUCUUAAGAUGGGAGCUCCAUGUUGAUGGCUGGCUAUCCACUCCCUGCAGGCGGAUGAAAUUCCUUUCAGGAGAAGGAGGAAUUUAAUGAAUGGAAUGUUCUUGCAGAAUCCUCACCACAGAGAUGGGGAACCUGCAGCCCUCCAGACCAGGACUGGCCCACCGAUUAAGCAAGGUGACACAGCCACCUCAGGCGGCAGGCUCCACUGGGGUGGCAGAUCACUUCUUUCCCCUUUGUUCCUGAUACUGUUAUGUAUUUAACACAUCUUAUGUUACAAGGCAUAAUUGAUGCCGAAGAAUUGAUGCUUUUGAAUUAUGGUGCUGGAGGAGACUCUUGAGAGUCCCAUGGACUGCAAGAAGAUCAAACCUAUCCAUUCUGAAGGAAAUCAGCCCUGAGUGCUCACUGGAAGGACAGAUCCUGAAGCUGAGGCUCCAGUACUUUGGCCACUUCAGGAGAAGAGAAGACUCCCUGGAAAAGACCCUGAUGCUGGGAAAGAUGGAGGGCACAAGGAGAAGGGGACGACAGAGGACGAGGUGGUUGGACAGUGUUCUCGAAGCUACCAGCAUGAGUUUGACCAAACUGCGGGAGGCAGUGGAAGACAGGAGUGCCUGGCAUGCUCUGGUCCAUGGGGUCACGAAGAGUCGGACACUACUAAACGACUAAACAACAACAUGUUACAAAGUGUGUUCUAACCAAUCGUAUAAGCGUUGGUAGUCGAACGUUCUAAUGGCAAGUAAGCACAUGCAUUUUCAACUAUUAACUGUCAACGGUCAGUUCAUGCUCAGUUUAUUAUUGUGUUGUCCAGUCAGUUCAGCUCUUGUUUUCCUGUGAGUGAGCUGUUGAAUAAACCUAGUUGAGGAACUUACACUGCCUUGGGCUUCUGACUUUUCCCGAACAUUUAACAUUUUGUGAUCUGCCUCAGGUGCCAAAACAUCUUGGGACAGCCCUGCUCCAGAUGUUGCUCGACACCAACUCCCAGCAACGCCAGGGGUGACGGGGGCUGAAGAUCAGCAGUAUCUGGAAGCCACAGUGUCCAUCACCCAGGAGGGGUGAUUGACUGACAAGGGGAGGCCAGUAUUUCUGGGUUCCUCAGGUAGCAAGGCAGCAUAGAUGGUGCUCUUGAGCAACAGUGUUUGAUAUUCCAAGUUAGCUGUGGAAACAGGUAAAGGUAAAGGUAAAGGGACCCCUGACCAUUAGGUCCAGUCGCGGACGACUCUGGGGUUGCGGUGCUCAUCUCGCUUUAUUGGCCGAGGGAGCCGGCGUACAACUUCCAGGUCAUGUGGCCAGCAUGACUAAGCCGCUUCUGGCGAACCAGAGCAGCACACGGAAACGCCGUUUACCUUCCCGCUGGAGCGGUACCUAUUUAUCUACUUGCACUUUGACGUGCUUUCGAACUGCUAGGUUGGCAGGAGCAGGGACCAAGCAACGGGAGCUCACCCUGUCGCGGGGAUUCGAACCGCCGACCUUCUGAUUGGCAAGUCCUAGGCUCUGUGGUUUAACCCACAGCGCCACCCGCGUCCCUGUAAACAGAGCAUUGGUUAUUGUUCAUUCAUGGUGAUUUGUGUUCAUAAUGCUAAUGGGUCGGUCACAUGCGACCCCUCUUUCAAUACUCUUCAUAUCUGCAAAAGUUCUGGGGCGGUCAAACUGCUUCAUUUUCAAUCAGAGCAUCUCCUGUAAUGUCCUGCUGAAACCUCAUAACCUUUUUCAUAAGAUCACAGAUUCGUAGAGUUGGAGGGUCAUCUAGUCCAACGCACUUCAAUGCAGGAAACUUUUGCUUGAACUCACGACCUUGAGAUUAAUAGUCUCAUGCUCUACAGACUGACCUAUCGCAGAACCUAUGUUCUGGUCUGGCUUUUUUUCCACUUUUGUUGCGCUGUAGUCCCUAUAGCAGGCAUAGGCAAACUCGGCCCUCCAGAUGUUUAGAGACUACAAUUCCCAUCAUCCCUGACCACUGGUCCUGUUAGCUAGGGAUGGUGGGAGUUGUAGUCCCAAAACAUCUGGAGGGCAGAGUUUACCUAUGCCUUCCCUAAGGAGAGCAAUAAUGUGGUAGCAUGAGGGAAAAAAUCACAGAAUCAAACAGAAUAACAAGCUGAAUAAACCCAUCACUCAUACACUACUAUUGUGCCAGUAUUGUGUUGCAAAAUGCAUCUGCAUUAAAACAUAAGUCCAGAGAGGCUUUAAGAUGCCAGAGCCUGGUUUCUGAGAGCCCCAGUAAGAGACUCACAAAUGAGAAUGUCUGCUGGAUUAGGCCAAUGGCCCAUCUAGUCCAGCAUUUAUUUCUCACAAUGGCCAACCAGAUGCCUAUGGGACCCACCUAAACACACACACACACACACAUACACAGAGUGCCCUAAAUAAAGCUUGCACUCUGCAAGCAUAGAUACAUGUUCCUGGUGCCAUAAUCCAGGAAUCGAAUACACCCAGAUUUUAAAACUAUUGAAGGCUGAGAAUAUACAUCAGAAAUGGUACCUUUUAUCACUAUCCUAUGCUUUCAUAAGGGACACGAGUGGCACUGUGGGUUAAACCAUAGAGCCUAGGACUUGCCAAUCAGAAGGUCGGCGGUUCAAAACCCCGCGACGGGGUGAGCUCCCGUUGCUCGGUCCCAGCUCCUGCCAACCUAGCAGACCAAAAGCACAAAGUGCAAGUAGAUAAAUAGGUACCGCUCCGGCGGGAAGGUAAACGGCGUUUCCGUGUGCUGCUCUGGUUCGCCAGAAGCGGCUUAGUCAUGCUGGCCACAUGACCCGGAAGCUGUACGCUGGCUCCCUCGGCCAAUAAAGCGAGAUGAGCGCCGCAACCCCAGAGUCAGCCACAACUGGACCUAAUGGUCAGGGGUCCCCUUUACCUUUAUGGUGGGAGACUGGAUUCUGGGCAAUUGAUGGUCCUUAUUAAUAUGGGGGCAUUCGUAUGGAAGACCAUUAUCAUACAACCUUGAAACCUGAUAUAUCUUUUCCCAAUACCUGUUCCACAGAUUUUGCAGUCCGUCCCAGUAGGAGUUGGGCAAGUGUACGGCUGCGAUAACCCUUGGACCGGAGGCAUUAUCAUGGUGGCUCUGUUCAUUUCCUCCCCGCUCAUCUUCAUCCAUGCCGUGAUUGGCUCGGCACUGGGGGUGCCUGCAGGUAUGCGAAUGCCCUAGGCAGCCAGAACCGGCUUAAACCAUUAUCCUAAGUACUCCAUCCUAUAGAUAUCCAGCCAAACUGGGGUUACAACUGUUAGUAUCUGGUUAGCUUGCCAGAUAAAACCAACGAACCAUGCUUGGGGUCUAAAGAGGGAAGAACUUGCCUUCUUGGUCAAAUGAGGGGGCCGGUGACCACAGAUACCCUUGCAUGUCAAAUUCCAUCUUGAGAUCCUAGGGUAGAAGGUUUCUAGAGAUUGUGUGGACCUAAUCACCUAAUAAUAAUAAUAUUUAUACCCCACCCAUCUGGCUGGGUUUCCCCAGCCACUCUGGGCGGCUUCCAACAGAACAUUAAAAUACAAUAACCUAUUAAACAUUAAAAGCUUCCCUAAACAGGGCUGCCUUCAGAUGUCUUCAAAAAGUCUGGUCGUUGUUGUUCUCUUUGACAUCUGCUGGGAGGGCAUUCCACAGGGCAGGCGCCACUACCGAGAAGACCCUCUGCUGGGUUCCCUGUAACUUGGCUUCUCGCAGUGAGGGAACCGCCAGAAGGCCCUCGGAGCUGGACCUCAGUGUCCGGGCUGAACGAUGGGGGAGGAGACUCUCCUUCAGAUAUACUGGACCGAGGCCAUUUAGGGCUUUAAAGGUCAGCACCAACACUUUGAAUUGUACUUGGAAACGUACUGGGAGCCAGUGUAGGUCUUUCAAGACCGGUGUUAUAUGGUCUCGGCAGCCGCUCCUAUUAUUUCCUAGGUAUCAAGACUGGGGAACACUUGACCCUCCAGAUGUAGCAGGAGACCAUCUCCCAUCGGAUGGGCCAAAUUUUAGUUCAGCAACAUCUGGAGGGCCAAAUGUUUCCCUUCAGCCCAGGAGUGACUUGUCUUCUUCUCACCUGUCUUCUUUGCAGCCCUGAGCCUAGCCACACCUUUUAACAAUAUUUAUGCCGGCUUGUGGAAUUACAACAGUUGCCUCUCCUGCAUUGCAAUCGGGGGCAUGUUCUACGCCCUCACCUGGCAGACCUUCCUUCUUGCACUUGCUUGUGGUAGGUACCCAGUUUCAUCCCUAUUGUGCUCGCACAACCCAUAGGAAACUGUCAGAGCAUUUGUCCCUGUUGCCAAGUAUUGCCUCCUAUGAUUGGUAGCAUUUCUCCAGAGUCUCAUUUCCCAUCACUUGCUUCCUGAAGAUGCCAGAGAUUGAACUUUGGGGAUUUUUCUUGGGUUUUAAAAAAUAUACAUUGACUUAGUUUAUAGCAGAAUUUAAAGCUUGGAAGCUGGGUCUGCCCAUUUCCUCUGCCACCCCUUCUGUCUCAUUCUCACAUCGUUAGCAUUACUUAACUUUUAAAAAAGGGAAAUAGAGGGGUCCCAUUGGAAUAGAAAAAUAAGUUGCGUAGUGAGUUCCCGCCCCCCCUACCCAGUGGAAAUAAAGACACAUGACACAAUUAUUAAGGUUAAUGGGCUAAAUAAGGCCACAACUUUAUUGAUUACAGGUAUGAGCGGUAUUGGCUUAGGCAUUGGUCCUAACCGACUAUAUCCGACUUCAGCCCGUCCGCUUGAAGUCCGGGAAGGGUUAACCACCAGUCGGGGAGUCCUGCUGAUGCACAUCAACUAGGAACUUCCCCAGGGUCACUGAUUGGGGGUGUACCUUAGGCCCUCACCUCCCUAGGCUUCGGACAGGGCCACGCCCCCCGGAAUCCUUUAGCGGACUCCCCUUCAAUAUGCGGGGCAGGUGAUGGCGCUUCCUCCACUCUUCCAUCUACAGAACCAUGCCAAUGCCUAACCGCCAAUACCAAGAAAGUUGUGACGAUUUGCUACGAGGUAGGCAAAAACCAAGUGGCUGGUGCCAAUUUGCCAAGUGGAAAAAUUCCUACCAGGCCCCUCAACGGUGACCAACCAAGGUCCAUAGCAAGGUCAAGGAACGAAAACCUUAGAGGGUGGGAGGGUGGGAAACAGGAGCAGCUGGAGGCGGCAAAAGAGGGAGAUCCCCGGCCGCGCCUCCAUUAAAUAGGGCAGGCCAUGCCCCCCGAGCCAGAACUAAGACUUUCAGAGACCUAUAAGACUUAUGUUUAUUUGGUUUAUUUGGUUCUAUGUUUUCAAGAGAAUCCAUCAAGAGUGCAUAUUUUGUGACUUUGGGGGAUUUAGAAGAUUUCUGUUUAUUUGGUUUUGCAGAGAGUGCAUAUUUCAUAUAUUUCAUAUUGUUCAAUGUUCUGUAUAGGUUAUAUAAAGAGUUUAUAUUGACAUCGCAUUGUUGUACCUGGUCAUCGAGUUGCCUUUGGAUAUUACCACUUCAGAAUCUGCCAUAUAGACUAGUCUAAUUAACUUCCCCUUUGUCUCGUCUCCCCCCACCCAUGCCUCUCUCUUUUUUUCCAGCUCUGUUUACUGCCUACUCAGGAGGAGCACUGGGCCAUAUGUUUUCCGUGGUGAGUUUUGCAGGCUUUAAGGGGUUGAAUUCAUCAUUAAGUGUUCAGAGUCGCUUUCUUAGUGAUAAGGUCACUAUCCCCUUAAGAGUGCUGGGAGGGUAAGCAGCAGGGAGAUGGCUGCAAUCCCCCCCCCCCCACACACACACCUUAAAAAAAAUGGAAGCACACAAAAAGGAGCUUGUUGGUCUUGGCUCCUGACUCUGGGAGAUUUAAAAGGGGAAUAAAAAAAAGUAAAGCUGCUAUUCUACAGCACUCCUGUCUUCUUGCAAUUAUUCAUUAUUUAGAAAAUGUGUAAACUGCUGGAUCAAAAGGUUUUUACAGCCAGUAUACAAAUGAAAUUGGAAUCCACUGUCCAGAACACACAUACAUAAGGUCAUCAUCAUUAAAAGUCAAACUCAAUACACCUUUUAAAACAGUUACAGGCAAACAAAUGUUAUGCGUGAUGGCAUACAUUGUUCCAUGCCACCUACAUAACCCCACUGUUUCAUUUUGGGGUUUCCCCAACAACUGAACAAACCCCUGAAAUGAAAUGAAAUGAAAUGAAAUGAAAUGAAAUGAAAUGAAAAGAAAUGAGAGGAGACCACAGAAUAGUAAAGAGAUGUAAUGGAGAAAAUCCUCUGUUCUUUACUUUAUCGUGUUGUCUUUUCACUUUGAAUACCUGUUGCCUGUUCAGAGCCAGAGCAAAUGAACAAACCAACCUAAGAUGCUUAAAAAGCAUAGGCCCCUGGUCCAUAAUAAGUACCGUAUUUUUCGCUCUAUAAGACGCACCAGACCACAAGAUGCACCUAGUUUUUGGAGGAGGAAAACAAGAAAAAAAAUAUUCUGAAUCUCAGAAGCCAGAACAGCAAGAGGGAUCGCUGUGCAGUGAAAGCAGCAAUCCCUCUUGCUGUUCUGGCUUCUGGGAUAGGUGUGCAGCCUGCAUUCGCUCCAUAAGACGCACACACAUUUCCCCCUACUUUUUAGGAGGGAAAAAGUGAGUCUUUUUUUUAAAAAAGGAUAUUUAUUAGAAGUUUAAAAAUUACAGAAAAAAGAAGAAAAGAAAACAACAAAAAAUUACAUUACAAUAUAUAAAAAGAAAAAACAUAAAAAACAAUACAACAAUACAGCAAAAAAGAACAAUAACAUUAAAACACACAUCCAAUAUUCCAUAUCAUUAUCUUUCAUUUACUUGUUUCAUCGACCUCCUCACACCUCCCUUUUUGUAUUCUAGUUUAAUUAAUUGUUUCAGCAAAUUCUUUCCAUCUUUCUCAAUUUUUGUUGUAUGACGGUCUAACCUAUUAAUUAACUCAGCAAAUCCUUUCCAUCUUUCACUAUAUUCUGUCAUUAAAUUUACCUUAAUUUAUUUUAACCUUAUCUUACCACAAAAAGCCUUAAAACUUAAAACUUAAUACUUAUUUGUACAUAACUCCUUAUAUCAUUUCUACUAAAGCCAAAUAGUUUCAUUCCAACAUUUUUCCUAACACUCAUUAAUUUUACAUUAAUUCUCAAAAUAAAUUUUUAAAAACUUUCUUCCAAUCUUCAUCCAACGUCUCUUCUUCCUGGUCUCGGGUUAAGUCUUUCCUUUCUAUCCAUUCCAUCUAGUCCAUCAACCUGGUGAUCUUGUGUCCGAGGCUCUUAAGUCUUUUCCAUGUCCCUUCUGCAGAUCUUCUUCUUGUUUAUACCUGCACUUUACUUUGUCUUUUGUUGAUCUUUUUCUUAAUUUCUUUCCUUUCUCAUUGAGGAGUAGGUCUCGGGGAGACUCCAACCCAACAAUAUCUCCGUCCCCCCUCGACAGGUCAGCCCAUUCUCCACAUUCAGCACUGUAAUCCAGAAAGUAUUUAAAAGCAUGUUUCAAAGUCCCUCCAAAGUUAAGAGCCCCCACAACUCCAGACCCCCCCUGGCCCAAAACCAAAUCCCAAAAGCCAAAACGUCCCUGCCUAGGGGGAUCCAACCAACUUCCCAUCUCCAAGCCAAACAAUACUCCCUCUCUCCAAAUCUGACUUUCUCCAGGUUCAGUCUUCAAAAACAGCAGCUUAUGCUCCUGCAGGGCCUCGGGUCUCUCCAUUUGUGUUACUUGAGGUUCAACAACAACCUCCUCCAUUAUCUUCUGCACUUGCACUUGCCCUGUCAAAACAGAUUCCUGGGUUGGUUCCUGAAUGGUUUCUAUGUGAGUAUUCACUGUUUGUCCAAAAUUAUUGACUGCAACAGUCAUCAAAUCCAUCUUCUCAUGCAGCUGCUCCAACAAAGCGCUUGUCUUGCAGAGAGCAAGCACCAAAACUUCUUCUAAACACAUUCUUAUCCAAGGUCAGAGUCUGGUCUCACGAUCCUUAAUCUCCACAGCUGUGAAAUUCCCCAGAUCGACCCCAGCAACAGUUUAACAAGCUCCCUCUAGAGGAGACAAUUUCAAUUUGUAUCCAUCUUUUGAAAGCAGGUCCAACAAAAGAAAAUUACUUUCAUUUUUCAAAUAUUUUGUUUCUUUUGGAUGCAAAAGGCAACAUUGGGAUCAAUAUGUUUCUCUUUUUUAACUAUCUGUCAAAAGACGUUCCAUUCACAGUCAAUGAACUUCCCCAAAAAUUUCUGUCUCUGACACCCCGUUCCCAGGUUUGAGAUGGUGGAAAUUUAUCUUUCUUUACUCUCUCUCUUGCAGGCUUAAACAAUCCAAGAUUCCCCCCCUCUUCUCCUGCUUCCAAGAGGGGUUUUGGUGGUUUUAACUGAAGGAAAUUUAGUCCUUUAUAUACAACUUUCCAGACUUUAGCUUGCAAAAUUUUUGCUUCAAUCUAUUUACAAAAGCGGAAGGCGGACUUCCUGUUUAGAACCUUCCCGCUUCGGUGCCAAAUUAAAAUGUUUCGUAGUCCAAUUUUCCGUUCUACUCAGGGGUACUUGUUUAGAGUCCAAUUGUCCACAGGAAAAAGUCAGCGCUCUCCGGCAACGGCUGUGCGGCUUCACUCCGUAAAAGUAGCGGUCGAUUCAAAACACCGCACCACUCACCCCACUUCGCUUCGGAUCCCCGAAAAAGGGUUUCCCUGCGAGUAGGGGAGGCGCUCUUGGUGUCAGCCGAAUCCCACAUUCCCAGGCUUCCUCCGCCUGGGAUUUUGAGGGGUCUCCGCCUUCGCCGCGGCGGCAAGACCCGAUUUUCAUGGAGCGGGUUCCUCUCGGUCAGAGGAACUCCGCCAUUGCCGAUGGCGCUAACCCGGAAGUCCCGGGAAAAAGUGAGUCUUAUAGAGCAAAAUAUACGGUACUUCCAAAAUCUGCUAUUGGCUAAUAUCCUUUUUGGGGACCAAACAAAAUGUCACGAACUACUGAGCAAGCUGUAGAGUUCUACAGAACUCUUCUUUGGCCAGAUACUGCAAUGGCCUUUCCCAACCUCAGUUGUGACUGGACAGGAGCUUCCAUAAUCCCUGAACACAGGAGUUUGAGUUCCUCCAAGUACCAUGUUAGAGGAAGGUUGUGUUUGACAAAGCAACAAGGGGAAGUGGGCAGAUGGAGUGAACAAACAAGGAGCAAAACAAGUUGGGGAUGUUACAGCCCAUGGGGUUCUGCAUCUAGAUUCAGGUCCAAAAAGGAGAUUGGACAUUGGGUUAGUCUCUUCUAGACGCAAUGGGUACCAAGUUUACGCACUUAGGAAUCUGGAAUAAAGAAGCAAUGACUGAUCCCUAUUUCUGAACCUCUCUUCUCCUUCAGUUUGGAAUGCCUUUGGGAACAUGGCCUUUCUGUUUAUCUUCGCUCACUUUCCUGCUCUUAACUACCACCAACGAUGCCAUCUACAAACUUCCACUCUCCAAAGUCUCCUACCCAGAAGCCAACCGGGCCUAUUACUUGUCGAGAAACGAUGGACAAAACGCCAAGUCCACCUGCGACGUGUGACAGGCUAAGCCUCGUGCCUCUUCCUGUCCGCAGUGGUGUCUGGACUUCCCAAGGAAGAUAAACAGCUCAGAAGGAAAACAAAGCUGUUGGUGGAGCUCUUUGUCCAUUUUAAGUCGCAAAUAACUUCACUCAGAUCAGCAAGUCUCGGAAUUCUCUCCGUAUGCCAGUCAGAAGUGAGCAGAAUAUCCUGUUUGUUUGGAAAGGGGUGUGACAUUGAUGGAACGAAUGAGGGCUGAGAUCUGUGGUGGCCAACUGCAGGUUCACUGGCUGGAGCCAGUCUUCUGAAGCAAUAUUAGCUGAUACAACCAACAUACAUAUAUAUGUGUGUGUGUGUAUAUAUAUAUAUAUAUAUAAUCACAGUGUGGUUUUUUAAACAAUGCUAUAUAGUGUCACUUGUAAGGAAUAGGAGGAAAACGUUAUUGUGUGUCACAAUGCAAUAUUGUAUGCAAGUUACAUUCACAGGGCUUUAGUGCUGGAGGGCACCAGCUUUAUUGUGGAGACUGAGCACUCAUAUAGGGGCCAGUUCAUAUGAAAAAGAGACAUAUUGAAGACCCAGACCAUUUUCAGGAACAGAAUGGCUCCUGAGAAAAGAGGCUUUGGUGAUUUCUAGAUUAGAUGAUAUUCAAUCAAGAGGACAUCUAAUUGAGAGGACAAAGCAAGCAGUGGGAGAGGUGCAUGUUUGGGGAGAGUAUUUUUGUAUUAAUUAUAUGCAAUGGGAGUGUUACAGGUAACAGAAGAGAUGUGGGCUAACCAUACUUGCAUAGUCUGUAUCACCUUGCUGGAAUCCCCAUGGUUGACUGGUGGGUUUUUAAUUUGCAAACUGAAACAGCAUACUCCAGAUCACUGGACAGGUAAGGCAAAACUACCGUAUUUUUCGCCCUAUAGGACGCACUUUUUCCCCUCCGAAAAUGAAGGGGAAAUGUGUGUGCGUCCUAUGGGGCGAAUGCAGGCUUUUGCUGAAGCCUGGAGAGCGAGAGGCAUCGGUGCGCACUGACCCCUCUCGCUCUCCAGGCUUCAGGAAGCUAUCCGCAAGCCUU